GCCCCAGGCGGGGACCCCGGGAUCAGACGUCCCCGUGCCUCCGGGCACCUGGCUCAGCAGGAGUCCCCCGGGUCCGGGCAGGGCAGGGCCGGCGGCGGCGAGCCGGAGCCCGCCCAGCGCCCAGGCCCCGCCGAGCCCUCAGAACCCACCCAUGGAGCACCAGCUCCCCGUGCACCCUCGCCCGGCUGCGCCCGGCCCAGCGCCCCGCGCGGCGCAGAGGAGGAGCCGGGCGCAGUGACCGGGGAGUCGCCGCAGACCCUGGAAGACUCGGCGGCCGGAGAGGCAGGCUGUUCCCCGCACCUCCAGGCGCUUCCAGGCAGCCCUCCGAGCCGAGCCAGAGGCCGAGCCCGCCAUUCCCAGCCCCGAGCCAUGAUGAAGACCUUCUCCAGCGGGAACUGCACGUUCAGCGUGCCCGCCAAGAACUCGUACCGCAUGGUGGUGCUUGGCGCCUCGAGGGUAGGCAAGAGCUCCAUCGUCUCUCGCUUCCUCAAUGGCCGCUUCGAGGAUCAGUACACGCCCACCAUCGAGGACUUCCACCGGAAGGUCUACAACAUCCGUGGCGACAUGUACCAGCUGGACAUCCUGGACACGUCUGGCAACCACCCCUUCCCCGCCAUGCGCAGGCUCUCCAUCCUCACAGGCGACGUCUUCAUCCUGGUGUUCAGCCUGGAUAACCGGGAGUCCUUCGACGAGGUCAAGCGCCUCCAGAAGCAGAUCCUAGAGGUCAAGUCCUGCCUGAAGAACAAGACCAAGGAGGUGGGGGAGCUGCCCAUGGUCAUCUGCGGCAACAAGAACGACCACAGCGAGCUGUGCCGCCAGGUGGCCGCCACCGAGGCCGAGCUGCUGGUGUCGGGGGACGAGAACUGCGCCUACUUCGAGGUGUCGGCUAAGAAAAACACCAACGUGGACGAGAUGUUCUACGUGCUCUUCAGCAUGGCCAAGCUGCCGCACGAGAUGAGCCCGGCCCUGCACCGCAAGAUCUCGGUGCAGUAUGGCGACACCUUCCACCCCCGGCCCUUCUGCAUGCGCCGCGUCAAGGAGACAGACGCCUACGGCAUGGUCUCGCCCUUCGCCCGCCGCCCCAGCGUCAACAGUGACCUCAAGUACAUCAAGGCCAAGGUCCUGCGGGAGGGCCAGGCCCGAGAGCGGGACAAAUGCACCAUCCAGUGAGCGGGAGGGACGCUGGGGUGGGGCUUGGGCAGUGCCUUACGGGAGAUGGCGCCAGAUGCCCGCAUCCCCCCGACGAGACCCCAGUGGCAUCGCGUUCGAAGACCUUUGGUGCCAGACUGGAGCGCCCCGGCCGCUAACCUCCGUACCUUCUGCCUUCUUGCCACAUCCCGCUGAUUCCUCUUUCCCCCGUGGGCCCAGCAUCUCCGUUCGGGGCUGGAUCUCCAAAGGGCAGGAGACAAAGUUGGGAGACACUUGGACUUCUGCAGGGACCCACGUCGGAGUCUUCCUGUCCCUAGGGUAUAAGAAACGCUGGUGCCAGAGGGACCAGGACCCCUGCACCCGACCGAACCUCCUGGAACAGUAACAGGAUGAAAACAGCACCCAGAGCUGAUGGGAAAGGGCUCCACUGUCCUGGCGUGACACCCAGCUUGGUUUAGGUGGCAGCUGGGAGACCCCUCCCCCCAAUCCUCAAACUUUUGGCCUCUGCUCAGCUAUUUCUACCCUGGCCUAUCAAGGUGACCCCUGGCUGUCCCUGAAAUCGAGCCAGGAGCAUCCAUGUGUUUGAAGGGGACGUGGCCACGUCUCCUGGACCACGUCCAUCCCCUGGACCAUGUCCAUCUCCUGGACCGCCCUCCUCCUCCCUCAGCCUCCCCUCCCAGGUUCCUCCCAUCUGCUGGUUGUGCUUUGUUGUUACAGCUGUCUUCGUGUCGUGUGUAGUGGUAGAAAUGGAAAUCCUUGUACUGUAAAAGCCUAGUGACCCCUCGUUGGCCAGGCUCCCACUCAGUUCAGAUCCACGGCUUCCGCUGGGGACACUCUCCUCCCCUGCUCUCAGAUGGGGGUCCCGUGGCCUGUCUGCAGCUGGACACUGCCCUCCGUAUGAGCUUUACAGUUUACACUCACACAGGUGGGCCAGGCCACUGGGGCUGUUGCUUCUCCUGCCCCUGUGUCACAGAGGAGGCGGCCGGGACUCAGAGGGGGAAGUGACAUGCCCCAGCCCUGCCCGCUUCUCCCCCUCCAGCUAGUUCAGGACAGAACUCUUCCUAGAACCAGGCUGCCCAUGACUGUGCUCGUUCCUCAAGCAUUUAUUGAGCACCUGCUGGGUGCUGGGUCCACUGUGUGCUAGGAAACAAAGAGGAGGAACGAUGGGCUCUGUGCCCCUAAGGCCGGGGCCUUCUCCAGCCCUGGC